AUGUCUCCGGCCUCCGCCUGCCCUUGCUUCUCAGGUGGCAGGGCGCCGCCGUCUGACCUUCCCCGUCGGCAGCAGCACUCUGGCCUCGCCGUGGCUUCUCUUACCAACUCUGCCCGGUGGGUUUCUGUCAGCGAUUCAUUAACUAACUUUACUCUCUUCUCUUAUGCAAUUUUUGCUUUCUGGUCCUGGCCAUGUCGUAGUUUGUUAGAAGCUAUUUGGCAUUGGGGUUAUCGUGGAGAAAGGAUUACAGGGUUCCCUGUGAUUGACGAUCACUGGAAUUGCUCUCCUAGCUCCCGAAUUCCAGCUGAAUCUCCGUCUCCACCGUCGCUAUUCCGGCGAAGGCGUCGCCGUCCCUCGAUUUCUGGAUUUUCCCCGCGAACAGUUCACUCUUGCAGAUCCGAUCUCUUCCAGCACCUUCGGUGGAAAAAGAUGCAAGAUCCAAGAUUGCCCCUUUCGGGUGAAAUUUCAAACGGUAAACCACGUAAGAAGAAGGGCUCAUCAAAUUCCAGAGCUUCCUUGAUUCAGCUGAAAGGGAGUGAUGUACGAGAGAUUCAACAUGGUCAGGCUGCGGCAGUUCCUUUGCCUCUGAGAACUUCUCAGAAGCUGUCUACCAAGAAUUUGGCAAGGAAUGAAUACACUCCUCCUACUACUAUGUUUCAGCAGACGGAGAGAUCGAACUCCGAUUCCUUGCCGGAGUCUUCAGGUUCGGGGAAUGAUUACAGGGCAUUGAGAAGGAAGUACUUGCUGUUGGAAGAGGAAAGCUUUGCAUUGGGAACCGAGUUGACCGAGAUUGAAGACGAGGUUAACACUCUCGAGUACGAGAAGCUCGCGUUGUUGGAUCAGCUCAUUGUGCUGGAAGGUCUUGUCGACCCUUCGGAAGUGCAAGUCCCCUGA